AGAAAGCAAACAGCAACUGUCAUCUUUUCCUCUCUGUCUCCAGCCAGAUACCUUACUUGGUUGGACUUUCACACACCUCACUCUCAUCCAUGCUUACACGCUUUUCAAAAACUACCUUAUCUCCCUGUUCAUUUCUCUUUUUCUUGUGUUUGUGUUUGAGUUUUCUUUCUAUUUGCAUUGGCUCUUCCGUCUUCAACUCUUUUAAAUUCACCAUUUGGGUUGUGAAUACGGUUUUGUCUUUCGUUUUGGCUGUACAUGAUCAUCCACUUUUUAGGGGUGUGUUAUGUAAUAAUGUCUUCUCUCAUUUUGCAACCAACCCUUUAACCUUUUUUUCAACCCUCUUACAUUUCUGCGUUUAUUUCAUAUGCUAAUGGUGAAACAAGGGGUGGAACUGAGAAGAGAUCGUUGCUAGAGCGAACUGGUUGGCUUUAUGUGACGUGGCUUUGCUUGCAGCAGAGUCAAAUAAUGCUUUGGAGUUUGUGUCACUUUAAUUGCUGCUUUUUCACUGUCUGUCAAUUUGAAUAGCUGUAAGCAGCUAAACUUUCACAAAAAAGUGCAUUUUUAUUCACACAAUCCGUGACUCUAUAUGGUUUAAUUUAUCCAUAUCCUGUUUCUAAAGUUCCAUCUUUUGGCCACUGUUAGUGGUUGAUUUGUAUACUUUUGGUGCCUUCUUUAAUUCCCACUUUUCAUAAGAAUACAAGCACAUGUGAUAUAAAUUUUGGGUUUUGAAUACAUUCAAUCUGACAACUGCAAUUUAUUUAAGGUUUAGGGUUAUUAUUCAGAGAUGCUAUCACAUAGGUAACUUUUAUUCUUAAUUGGAUAGCUUCAUCUCCAAGUUUCAUGUAUAUUUUAUUCACUGUUUCACAAAAGCCCUGGUCCCAACAAACAUGGAUUGGUCCAACAAACAUUGAUUCAACCAGUGAUAUACAUACAUACAUACCUAUAUAUUGUUUGAUUGAGAGAAACUGAUACUUGUGGAAAGUCAGAAUGGCUUCUGAUUGCUCAAGAUUUGUAAGAUUUCAAGAUGACCCUGAAUUGGUAAAAUUGCCGACUGCAAAUAGUGGCAAGGGAAUCAGGAGCAAUGGAACACGGUUAGCUGAGAUAAGGGGUAAAAAGGGUCUGAAGGAAACAAGGAAGUUCUUGAAGGCUAGAGUAUUGUCAAGAGUAUUCUCAGAGGAUUACGAGAGAGUUAGAAAAAAAACACUAUUAGAUCCCCGGGGACAAAACAUUCACCGAUGGAACAAAAUCUUCUUGGUAGCAUGUCUAGUUUCUUUGUUUGUAGACCCUCUGUUCUUUUAUUUGCCACUAGUUCGAGAUGAAGUGUGCAUUGAUAUUGGAACAGCACUUGAAGUUUUCCUCACAAUGAUAAGAUCAAUGGCAGAUGUGUUUUACAUGAUUCAGAUUCUCAUGAAGUUUCGAACAGCUUAUGUUGCUCCUUCUUCUCGGGUAUUUGGGAGGGGAGAACUUGUCAUAGAUACUACCAAGAUAGCUACUAGGUACCUGAGAAAGGGUUUUGGUCUAGACUUCAUUGCUGCAUUGCCUCUUCCUCAGGUGUUAAUUUGGAUUGUGAUCCCCAAUCUCGGAGGUUCAACCAUGGCAAACACAAAGAAUGUGCUUCGCUUUAUCAUCAUUUUCCAAUAUUUACCAAGGUUGUUUCUGAUUUUUCCACUUUCAUCCCAAAUUGUACAAGCUACGGGAGUUGUGACAGAAACAGCAUGGGCAGGGGCUGUUUACAACUUGGUUCUGUACAUGUUGGCUAGCCAUGUUUUAGGAGCUAGCUGGUACCUUCUAUCAAUUGAAAGACAAGAAGCCUGCUGGAGGAGUGUCUGUGAUAUGGAGCAAUCUUGCCAAUAUGGAUUCUUUGACUGCAAAAGGGUUGAUGACUCCUUCAGGGUCUCCUGGUUUAUAGCAAGUAAUAUCACAGUUUUAUGCUCGCCAAAGGCUAACUUCUAUCAUUUUGGUAUAUACGGUGAUGCUGUGACAUCCCAAGUUACCACCUCAUCAUUCUUUCACAAGUACUUCUUUUGUCUUUGGUGGGGCCUAAGGAAUCUAAGUUCAUUGGGACAAGGUCUUCUUACCAGCACUUUUGUUGGAGAAAUAAUGUUUGCCAUUGUUGUUGCAACCCUUGGACUGGUUCUUUUUGCAUUGCUUAUUGGCAAUAUGCAGACAUAUCUCCAAUCAACAACUGUUCGCUUAGAAGAGUGGAGGGUGAGGAGAACUGAUACAGAACAAUGGAUGCAUCACAGGCAGCUACCACCAGAACUUAGACAAUCUGUGCGCAAAUAUAACCAAUAUAAAUGGCUAGCCACACGAGGGGUAGACGAAGAAGCUCUUCUCAAAGGACUUCCUGCUGAUCUUCGGAGAGACAUCAAGCGCCACCUUUGUCUCGAACUAGUUCGACGUGUGCCAUUGUUCGAUCAAAUGGACGAGAGAAUGCUUGACGCAAUAUGCGAGAGGCUGAAGCCGGCGCUGUACACGGAGAACACGUACCUAGUUCGGGAGGGCGAUCCCGUGAACGAAACUCUCUUCAUAAUCAGAGGCCACCUGGAUUCUUACACCACGAACGGAGGCCGCACUGGUUUCUUCAACUCGUGCCGCAUCGGGCCCGGCGAUUUCUGCGGCGAGGAGCUGUUGACAUGGGCCCUGGGCCCACGGCCGAGCUUCAUCCUGCCGUCCUCGACUCGAACCGUGAAGGCGAUCUCGGAAGUGGAGGCCUUCGCCCUGAUAGCAGAAGACCUAAAGUUCGUGGCGUCACAGUUCAGAAGACUACACAGCAAACAACUGAGACACAAGUUGAGGUUUUACUCGCACCAGUGGAGAACGUGGGCUGCGUGUUUCAUACAAGCUGCAUGGAGACGGUAUAAGAAGCGAAAGGAAGUAGCAGAAGUGAGAGCUUUGAGGUACUACGUUGAGUCGAAGAGUGAGACAGUAGGGUUGGUUGUGUAUGGUACGAGGAUGACUAGGAAAGCUACUCUGCAUUCUGAUGAAGUUGUCAACGCUUUGCAGAAGCCAGAAGAACCAGAUUUUUCUGUGGGUGAGUGAUGAUCUAAAGGGUUAUUCUUUUAUUGGUUACGGUGCUAAGAUAAUUGUUCAUAAUGUAUCAUUUUUUAAAUUUAAGAAUUAAUUAUAUAGUCUUUUUUUU